AGUGAGCAUCACUCGACGCCCACGCUUUCGGUCCCAACCACCGCGAAUGCAAACAUCGGAUCCCGUUGUGAUGGAGUAGGCCUGGACGGAAAGCUGCGUCUCGAUGAAGUUUGCUCGUCUUAUCGCUCGAGCUCGCAGUCAUGGUAUCUCUUGGGCAAGCCUCACUCCCUCGACCACUGCCAGCUGCUGCACCAAGACCUAGGCCACCAACUCCUCCUCGAGAAUCCGAGAAGCACGAGACAGGACCCGGCUCCUUCAAACGAGUGCUCGCCGCCUCGACCAUCACGCCUAACUCGUCUGCAGAGUCUCCAAAUCCCUCGUCGAGAGCGUCGCGGAAGAGGGUCGAAUGGGACGACCUGACGACAUCGAGUCCGGCACCGUCGUCAUCUUCCGGGCAACGGAAACCGAUUAAGUCUAUCUUGAAGCCGUACAAUGGGGCGAUUUUCCAGACCCUUGAUCUAGGCACGGCGGCGAAGCUCUCUCCCCCGCAUGCCUACGCAAACCUUGCCGCGAUGCUCGAAUCGAUAGCCCAGCAGCUCGCGGGCAAGGACCGGAACUCGAGGAUGGAUGCAUACACGACGCUGUCGGGGACGAUAAAGGCGUAUGACAAUGUGCCGGAUGUCCGGGCAUUGAAGGAGAAGAUGGGACUAUUGCAACAGUUCAUGAUGCGAGAUCUGGCUGCGAGAACCACAACGGGCUCCACAGAUACGGCGCUCAUCGUUAAUGAUCUGGUUCUCCUGUCGAGCUUCCUUCACAAGCCUGCGAUUGCUGAACUUCUUUCCAGCGACUUCAGUGCCUUCGUUGUCGAUCAUGCCAUCAAGACUUUCGAGGACCCGGGAAUGUCGAAAGACGUCGUCAAGCAUCUGAUGUUCGUCCUUGCGCAGCAGAGCUUCCCGGCCAAGAUCAUGAACGCCGAAAGAUGUACACGGUUGAUCACUGCGCUGCACGAAAUCGAGAAUUAUGUGAAGGGGAAGAGCAUCGUUAUUGGACGAAUCAACAUAUACAGGAACCUGGUGCGGAAAUCGAGAUCUCACAUGCUAGCCAACCUCGUCUGGCUCGAAGACCUUUUCAGUGACAUGCUCAGUAGCCUCAGAGACACAAGGGCAGCUGCCAUUGACUUCGGCCUAGAGGCGGCUCUGGUACUCGGUACUGAAUCUAGAGCUUCUCGUGCGGUUAUGGAUCUCUUCCAACGGGAACGAGAAGACGACAGAUCGGUCCCGAAAUUUGGCGAAUAUCUUGCACAGCGCUUGAAAGCGAUGGUCCACAAGAAACAGGAAGGUGGAAGUUCGAGCGUACCCCAGAUCUGGAGCGUUGUCAUAUUGUUCCUUCGCUGUCGACCUCGCCAGUUCGAGCAGUGGUCGUUUAGGGGGGAUUGGCUCGUAGUCAUCCAGGAAUGCUUCAACUGUAGCGACCAGCAAACUAAACUCGAAGCCAACCUGGCGUGGAAUCGAUUGGUGUUUGCAAUUCGACCGGACGAAAAGACACCCCCAACCAUCAUCACCAUGCUGUGCAGACCCCUGCUCGAACAGCUCAAACGUAAGGGCAAAUCUACCAGUAAAUCACGGAGAGCUACCCUCGGCAGCCUGUGCGUUCUGCUCUAUUACUCCCUCAGACCCAACCCCACCACAACCCACCUGGACCUAUACUGGAAUCAUUACGUCCUUCAGAUAGUCGGGAAGACUUUGAUCCCUACGAACGCUUCUGGAGAUUCGGAAUUGGUCCGACAGGAUCUGACUGACGCAUGCCUUAUAUUGAGGGGCCUCUUCGAUUCAACAACACCACGGCCCUGGAAAGAGACGCGUGCUAUGGAUUUCAGUACGACAGACAUGAAUAUGCAGAUGAGCGAGCUUCCAGCCCUAGAUUCCAAGUGGCUCCGCAAGUCCUCUUCGGUUGUUUUUCCAGUGUUACAGCCUCUUCUACAAGCCCUCUAUUGGGAUCUUGGUAAAGAGGGAACGGCCAUUACAUCUUUAUGGAACACGUAUAAUACGUCGAUUGCCUCUCCCGCGGUCAAGGAAAUUAAGGUGCCCAACGAGACCAUGUCUUGUGUGGCAUGCACUUUCAAUCUUCUGUACCGCAUCUGGCAUACUGGACCAACGAAUCUACAAUGUCUCCCGGGCCCCAGUGGCUCACGGUCCGAGAAUUUUUUGGAAAGUUUUGCUACUAUCAUACUGUCGAUGGUUGAUAAACUUGGGCCACUUCCUUUCACCGAGAAGCUCUUGUCCAUCGGCAGUCAAGAUACCUUCGUGGUCAUCGCAACCCCAUCGCACCGACCUAGAAAUACCGUCGGCGAGAUCCAGUGCCCACUGCAUCAUCUAUUUGUCUUGCUGACAAGUGUGUGCCCGGAUCUGGAAUACGAUGUGAAGUUCGAGCACAUGGUACGACGAAUCCUCACCCCCUUUUUUAACGCUCGACCUUCCAGCAAAGCCAAGAUGGACUUCAUCCAGGAGCUCUUACGAUUGCUUCCUGCUGAGAAUACCGAACCAUGCAAGAUGAUUUGGCAAAUCUUGGCCGAAUUUGCAACAACGCCGGCAGAUCCAGAGCCAAGAGAUGGGAGAGGAAGUGGCAGCAAUAACAGCUAUGAUCAGCCAUUGGGCGGUGUUUAUUCCAACGCCUUGAAGAUACUCGAGCUAGGCAUUGAUAUCUCUCCGCGUGAUCCUAUGCCGGGCUGGAAGGUUCUCUUUGAGUCAUUGGUGACCUCAGCUACCGCCGAUGCUGGUGAUGGGGGCAGAGCUAUCGCAGUGAUUGAGCCUCUAGCUCGCGCUUUCUCCCGGAAACUCCCCAAAGGCGACGAACCUUCGAAUUAUGGACUUGCUUACUUCCGCAUCAUUGUUUUCAAGGCGAAUUACCCCAAAGAUCGUCAGGCUCUUGAUGCGGCACGGAGACGGUUAUGGGGAGCCGCACCUGGUGGCUCAAAGCAAUCUUCUUAUGACCCUUAUGCUCACCUAUACGAGUAUAUGCAAAAAUGUCUGGAAAAAGCAUACACGUCGUAUAGCAGGGAUCACGCUAUAGAAUAUUCAGAGAUGCUUUCGGCCACCACAGCCCUCCUCAAUCGCUGCCCGGAUGCGAUUCGUUACGAUGUUUAUGUGAAGCUUCAAAUUGGCAUUAGCCGCUGGAUCCUCGAUGAGGAUUCAAAACUCAGUGGUGGCACUGCUUAUUCACAAGCGUUAACAUCGCUCUGGGCCAAGGUCUGCUCUCAGCUUCCACUAAUGAUCCACCAACACAGCCAUUCUAAGAUUCUUGCCGAUUUGGAGCCGCUUCUCUGCUCUGGUUUAGAAACUAGACAUCGAGCGAUUGUCAAUACAACGAUCCGACUCUGGAAUUCAACCUUCGGUGACUGCGAGGAGAAAUUUGAAUACCCUCCGAGGAUCAAAGAGGCGCUGCUCAGACUCCGCCCAGUUGCAGAGCUGCAACUUCCAUUCUUCCCAGAUAGCCUCGAGAGCGAAGGCUCUGCUGAACAUCGCCAACCGCUCAGCUUUGCGGAUUCUCAAGAUGACUCGAGCAAUUUCUUCGGGUCAAGUAGUAUAGAUUCUAUGUUGCGAAGACAGCCAAUGCCUCGUCUAAAUCCGCCUAGAUCUCGAAGAUCGACCCCACAGGUUCUUAUCGAGAUAGGUCAAUCAUUCCAGGUAGCAGGCAAACGAUCCCGGGAGGCAACCCCGGAGCCGGGCAAGACGAACCCAAGGAAAAGGAUCUCGACACAGAAGUUACGACACGAUGAUUCUCAGGUUCAGUUUGAAGCCAUUGAAUCUUCUCCUAUUGCAGAUACGAUUGUCGAUUCUCAACUCUUGACCGACAGGCAGAAGGAAGUGAAGGAACGACAGAAAGCUGAAGCCGCGAUGUUUCCUGAUCUUCGCUCAACCCCACGUACAAAAGGAGGCCCCUCCAGUGUGGAAUUGGCAUUUCGUCGUUCAGCUUCCAAAGCACGUUCGGUGGCUUCGCCAGAUAUUGAACGGCAAACUACACCUACCCUCCUUCCCCAGGGGGAAGAAGAUGAUUAUGUCAAUUCAUCACCAACGCCGACACGAGCAUUACCCCAGGCUGAAAUUUCAGAGCUGCCCUCGUCACCUCCUGAAGCUAUUGAAAGAGAACCAGUCGUGAAGUACGAAGAUGAGAUGGACUUUCCGUCCUCACCCCCUGAAAUUAUCGAGGACCAAGGCAAUGAUAAUACAACGUCUCUCGAUCCGUCGGCCCAGAUUGACCCUGAUGCCCCUGAGAACAAUCCUACACCUUCUGUACUUGAUGGCAACCAGGAUGAGCAAGUCGAAGUCGAAAACUUGGGACUUCCUGUAUCAGCGGCGACAUCCAACGCCGAGGAUAACGCGCUCCCCACCUCUAAUGUACGGCCUGGUCAAUCGAGCCCAGGAGCUGGGCCAAGUCAAGCCAAGGCAUAUGCCAUGGAAGGUCCCAGUACUCCUACACACGAGCACAGCGACGUACCAGAAGGCCAGCAAACGUCCAGAAGUCCAGUCUUUCAUGAUGCGCUCUCAAGCCCUGUAUCGUCUGAUAGACCUACCGCCAACGAAGAAAUAUUCCAAGAUGCGAUUUCAUCGCCUCGUCUUAACCUAGGCAAAGCAGAACCAAAGCAGGAUUCGCCAUCCCUCAGCGACUUCGAUGAGUCUAGCAUGCUCAGAUUAGUGAAGGAAUUUGAUGAGGGCUCUGGUCGACCGAGGAGAAGUGUUAGAUUUUCGGUGGGUAAAGAAAACCAGCCUGGAAAACAGCCAGUUUCAGCGGAUUCUCCUUGCCCCGCUACGACUGCAAAUGUGUCGUUUGAUACUUCUGCAGGUGACGUGCCCGAAGUAUCAAUAACAGAGCUUGACGGUACUGAUAAAGCCCAUAAGGGGCUUACUCGCUCCUCUGGUAAAGCAUCCGUGUCAUCAUCUAUACCGUCUCUAAUCCCCGAAACUCCUGGUGUAAAAGCCACCGCAAUGGUACAGACUGUAGAUGAGGAGGCUAUUGAUCCUGAUGAUACUAUCGUCGUGGAAGUACCGGAAAAUUACCAGGUAUAUAAAGCGCCGAGACGCAGACGGAACAAGGCGGCUUUCACUCGAGUACGUGACUGGUCGGCUAGCCCUAAGAAGAGGAAGCAUGAGGAAGCCGCUGAAGAGCAGCACGAGGUUCCCGAUAGUCAGGAAGUCAAGGCUGAUGAAACAUCGCCAAAGAAAAGACCAUCAGCCAAGAAACGAAGGAGGCGCUCCAAACGUGGUUCCCAGGUGUCGUCACAGACUACAGAUCCUGAGCCUGAGGCUACACAGAGUUUCUCAUCCAUGGAACUCGAUGUUUCGACACAGAACACGCAGGAGACUGAUAGUAUGACGGAUGUAAGAGCAUCGAGUGCGAAAGAUGCAAGGGAUGAUGUCGGUGUUACCACGCCGCAUUCAGUUGGCAAAAGAGAAUCCCGUGGAGGGAAGACAGGAGGCGAGGCAGCUGGGGAGGCAAGCGUGGAUACUAGCAGCAAGGAGGCCUCCGGUGUUGAAAUUGCAGCUGAGACGACUGUUGACGACAGCAACAUAUUGGAUAGUACACAUGAGGAGGGUGGAGUCAGUAUUGUGGAGGUUAACACGAGGUCGUCUGGUGAAGAACCUCAGACGGAAGAAGUGCCAACCGCACAGAGCAUACGAGACAAGCUCCAGAGCCUUAUCAGCGAUCUUGACACCGCAUCGCUUACGCGGGAAGAGGUGAACGCAUUUGAAGAUCUGUUUAUGGAUGCCAAGGAAAAACUAUACGGCGCUGCAAGGAGAGGGAGAGCCAGGAAAUAAUGAUUUUGCAUUGCGUCGGAGUAUGAUUAUCUUCUUGUAUUUGAUCGGGUCUGUCUGGAAUGGUGUAUAAGGUAACAACUAGGACAUGCAUUGGCGGAGUUUUAUGAGAUCAGAACUAGUGUACCUGAGAUACCACAAAUUGUAUUUUGUUACAUGUUGUUUGGAG